AAUAAAAACAGCAACACCAGACAUAGAGGAGGAAAAAAAGCAAAGUGAUCCAUUGAACCAGAGACUUUACCCUCUCUUAAUUACGUCGAGUCCCAUAUCUUUCCCCUUUUUUUUCCACCUUUUUCCUGCACUCUUUAAGACGUUGGGCUCGUGGUAAUUAGUUAGAAGAGAAUAAAACCAGCUGAUCGGGAGAGGGGUGGUGCAUUUUGGAGCGAGAUGGCUAACAGAAACAUUCUGUUGCUCUUCUGUGGACUCUUCCUCUUAGCAGUGAUUCAGCCCUCUCUGCAAGGAGGUGUGUACGUACCACCUGGUGCUGGGAUCGGACCUGGAGGCACUGGACCAGGAACUGGAUUCUUUCCAGGGGCUGCUGGAGGAGUCCCUGCGGGCUAUAAACCAGCUAAAGCGGCAGGAGGUUAUGGAGUUGGAGGCCGUGGUGUUGGGCCAGGUGGUCUGGUGCCAGGAGGUGUUGGGACUGGUGGAUUGGGCGUUGGAGGACUGGGAGCAGGACAAGGUGGAAAGCCCCCUAAACCAGGUUAUGGCAGUCUAGGAGCUGGCGGUCUUGGAGGUGGUGGCCUGGGAGCUGGAGGUUAUGGAGGAGGUGGUUAUGGCGGAUAUGGUGGAGGCGCUGGAGGCUUCUUCCCAGGAGCUGGACAGAAGGCUGCCAAAAGAGGUGCAGGAGGUCCACUGCUACCACAUGGAGGGACUGGAGGAACUGUGCUAGGGGCAGGAGGAGGCACUGGUGGCACAGGAACUGGAGCCGCAGUGCCCGCUGGAGUACCUGUUAUUCCUCAGACAGGCCUUCCAGGAGGGGGUGGAGGUGUUGGUGCUGGCGGAAAGAAAGCUGCCAAAGUCCCAGGUGUGGGUGUACCUGGACUUUACCAAGGUGGACUGGUGCCAGGACAAGGGUUUGGUGGACGUGGCGUUCUGCCUGGGGUGGCCACUGGAACUGACCUGAGUCCCAAAUCAAUUGGAGGAGGAGGAGGACAAGGAGGUCAAGGACCAGGAGGCCGUGGGUUUGGUGGGCAGAUGCAGCCAGGAGUGUUUCAUGGAUACCCCCUCAAAUUACCCAAACUGCAAGGUGCCUAUGGAGCAAAAGCUGGAGGUGGCAAACUGCCUUUAGGUUACGGUUAUGGUAAUGGUGGCGCUGGGACAAGGCCUGGAUAUCCUGUUGGAACUGGCGUGGGGCCCGGGGGCCUCACACCUGCUCAGGCUAAAGCUGCAGCUAAAUAUGGCUUGGGUGGUGUUGGUGGCGUUGGUGGCGUUGGAGGUGUUGGAGGCGUCGGAGGCAUUGGUGGUGUUGGAGGCACUGGUGGACUAUAUCCUGGGCAGGUGCCAGGAGGAGUGGGGGUGGGGGGCCUCACACCUGCUCAGGCUAAAGCUGCUGCUAAAUAUGGCUUGGGUGGUGUUGGUGGUGUUGGUGGUGUUGGUGGUGUUGGCGGCGUCGGAGGCAUUGGUGGUGUUGGAGGCACUGGUGGACUGUAUCCAGGGCAGGUGCCAGGAGCAGGAUUUGGAGUGGGGUCCAAGGCUGCUAAAUAUGGAGGAGUGCCAGGGGGAGUACCAGGGGGAGUACCAGGGGGAGUACCAGGAGGAGUACCAGGAGGAGUACCAGGGGGAGUACCAGGAGGAGUACCAGGGGGUGUACCAGGAGGGGUACCAGGAGGGGUACCAGGGGGAGUACCAGGAGGGGUACCAGGACUGCUACCGGGAGGUGCACCAGUGGUUGGUGGAUAUUCACCAGCAGCCAAAGCAGCUAAAUAUGGGCUAGGAGGUGCAGGAGGACAGUUAGGGGCUGGGGGACUUGGAGACGGACAAGGAGGAGGACUGGGAGGAGGACUAGGAGGAGGAUUGGGAGGAGGUGGAGGAUAUGCUGCUGCCAAAGCUGCUAAAUAUGGAGUAGGGGGACUGGGAGGCACAGGAGGAUUUGGAGGAACACCAGGACAGGGAGGACCAGGAGGACUGGGAGGAGCAGCAGGAUAUGCUGCUGCUAAAGCUGCUAAAUAUGGAGCAGGGGGACUAGGAGGAGCAGGACUUGGAGGAACAGGAGUACUGGGAGGUGGAGGACUGGGAGGAGGAGGACUAGGAGGUGGAGGAUACUCUGCCGCUGCUAAAGCUGCUAAAUAUGGUCCGGGCGGUGCAGGGGGAGUUCCAGGUGGUGGUGUAGGUGGAGGAGGAGUUCCUGGAAGAGUCCCAUUUUUACCAGGAUACGGAUCUUUGGCAGCCGGUGCUAAACCUCAAUAUGGAGUCCCAGGAGCAGGCCUAGGAGGAGGCGGAGUCCCAGGAGCAGGACAGGUAUUUCCUGGUGCAGGUGGAUUUGGUGGUUAUGGACCUGGUGCUGGAGUCAAACCCCCAAAAUAUGGAGGUUUAGGAGGAGCUGGAGCAGGGCUUGGAACAGGACAACUAGGAGGGACAGGAGGAGCAGGAGGAGUUCCUGGUUUUGGACCAGGAUAUGGAGGUGGACAAUACUAUGCUGCUGCUAAAGCAGCUAAAUACGGAGUUGCAGCAGGACCAGGAGGAUAUGGAGCAGGGUUAGGAACAGGACAGCUGGGAGGAGGAGGAGCAGUAGGAGUUCCUGGUGGAGGACUAGGAGGUGGACAAUACUCUGCUGCUGCAAAAGCUGCUAAAUAUGGGGGAGCUGGAGCAGGGUUAGGAACAGGACAACUGGGAGGGACAGCAGGAACUGGAGGAGUUGUACCCUCAGGGGUUGGGGCUGAAGGCUAUCCAGGCGGUGUGAAACCACCAAAACUUGGAGGAGUCACUGGAAUAGGACUCGAUGUACCAGGAGCCACUCCAGACACUGCUGUCAGUGGUGCCCCAGAUGGUUCUGCUGUUCUUGUGCCAGGAAAGGAUGUAGGAUUUACUGGAACUCCUCGACCAGAGCCUACGCCUAUUGCCGCAAUUGGCAAGACCCCAGAGGUCCCACGGCCCACAGGCGUUGGUGGUGGAAUCCUUCAGCCUAGCGCUGGCACAAGUGUUGGUGGAGCAGGUGUUCCAGUGCCAUCUGGUGUUGGUCCAACAGGCCACGGUCAGCCUGGAGUCCAACAACCUACAGGUGUUGGUGUUGGCACAGCUGGCAAACCACCUAAACCAUUCUUACCAGGUACAGGUUUUGGUCCCGGUGGAUAUCCUUAUGGUGGACCCUAUGGAGUUCCAUAUGGUGUUGGUACCGGCACUGGAGUUGGACCUGGACCUGGAGUCGGCACUCUGCCUGGAUCGAAGCCCUUGAAACCUCCAGCUGUGGGUGGAGCAGGAGGAGGAGCAGGAAUCCCACUGGCAGCAGGAGGGGGAUACAGGCCAUAUCUUCAUGGUUAUGGUCAGGGUGGGUUGCCAUAUCCCUCUGGAGUUGGACUGGGAGGUGCUGGUGCUGGUCUUGGUGCUAAACCACCCAAACCAGGUUACGGCAAUCUUGGAGGUGGCGGUGUUUAUCAGCCAGGUGUGGUUCCAGGUUAUCAAGGAGGUUACCCCCAACAGUAUUACCCAGGUGGUUAUGUACCAGCUCCACUGACUCCUCAACAAGCCAAAGCAGCCAAGUACGGCCCAUUGCAGGGCUUCCUUGGUGGUGCAGGAGGAGGAGGGGGCUACAGAGGUGGAGUCGCAGGAUGCCAGGGCAAAUUCUGUGGGAGGAGGAAGUAGAGGAUCUCUUGAGAUCCAUCGUGACCUCAAGAUACCAUGGUGCUACUGCAUGAUCUAGAAUGUACAUUUUAUAUGCAAACAAACCCCAUUAGAAAACGUGUAAAGAUGUUUUUUUUUUUUUUUUUUUACUUGACUUAAAUGUCUGUUUUUACACAAACCCACCGACCCAGAAUUUUGUACACACUCUGAUGUGACGUAUGUUAUUGAAAGUGCUUUUAACCAUUAACGUGGUCAAGUUAAUCAGCAUUAACUCCCCGUGCUGCACCAGCCUACUUAAAAUACAAAGAGUGUGUUUGUGUCACUGUGUGUUGUUCUUGUGCAUGAAUGUGAGUGUGUGUUUUGUGCGAAAGACUGACUGAACCACGGGCUGCCAAUGUGACCUAUGAAUGAUUUCCCUCACGGUUUUAAUCCUAAAGCAAGGUGAACUGUCCUCAGUGUUACAGCCCACACUGUCUCACCUCGCUGUGCAGAGCUUGUCAUCUCUCUGACAUGAGUUGGUCGAGGCUCGUCCAAAAACCGAUGAAAUCUGGCCAAUCUCAGCGUCGUCUCUGGCUCCCCGUCUUCUCUGCUGCUAUUUUUAGGCCUGCUGGGUAUAAAGCAGCGGGAAUUGGGGCUCCGGCCAACCCAUCUGCUCUCAACUUUGCUGAUUCUAGUUGCUAUGCAGUUCAGUUUUCUCAGCAUUUUUAAUGUUGCCAAACUUGUGAUGUAUGAAGAGCAGUUUCUGCUCUGAGGAACAGCGUGCGGAAGACAAUCGAAAAGUGUUUCAUUCAUUACAGGAUGUUUAAAAACCACGGGAAAAGCAGUGUUGCCUUUUACUUCAAAGUUAUGUUUAAUUAUUUGUCUGCGAUAGAGCGAUUUAGUCGGCUUCACAUGUUUAGUCUCAUUGCAGCAGUUAUUUACAUUUAUGUAACUUGUCAUUACAUGAUUAUUCAAGAUUUUUUGCACCAUGCUUUGACUCAUAGCUUUAUUGUUAUCAGGAAUGUGUGAACAUAAAACAAGAACAAUCCUUUGCUUUUGCAUUUAUUCACUGUUUAGAAUUGCAAUACAGAAUAAUUUGUUUGAUGGGAGAGACGGAGUGUUUAUGAUGCGUAGGCUCCCAUUGUUCUUCAUUUACUUGAGCUGCUUUUAAAAAAAAAAAAGGCUUACUGACCAAAGGUUCAUGAGCGCUGUUGCCAAGUGACUCCAUCUCUUUCUGUAUUUGUGUACUGUAUUUUGUACUAAUAUGAUGUUUGCUGGCUACGGUUCCUUCACUCGGUGCUGUGUAAGAACUGUCUUUGAGCCUUGCUGGGUCAGACCUUGUCUUAUGUGCCGUGGGAUACUCUUCAUCUUUAUUUAAAACUGUUUUUAUAAGGAGGAACAGUGUGGUUUUGCACUUUUUAUAUUUCCACGACACACUUGUGACUUGUUCCCGGAAUCCAGCAAUUAUUUGCUUCAUUCAGUAACAAAAUAAAAUGUGUUAAAAGA